AUGGAUGCGGCUAUUGAGCAAUACGCUCCGAGUGAAGCUCUUGACGACACUCCAACAGUAUCAUUAUCAUUGCCUUUUAUUCUUCAUCCUUCUUGUCUUCAUAUGCAAGUUCGUUCCGGUUCAAAAACAAAGAAUCUGAUACAAUUUGCUAUGCGAAAACUAUUUCCAACUGAUGCUGGUGUUAUUCCGAUUGAACAAAUCACAUGGAAUGCAUUCGGUGAUGGAAUAUCGAAAGCGAUUGCUUGUGCUGAAUUAACAAAACGACGUUCACAGAUGAAUUUUUAUGAACAUGUUCAGAUUGGUUAUAAACGAAUUGAACAAAUUUGGCGACCGGUGAAUUCGAACGUUGAGUUAGACACAUUAAAAGUGAAUAAAGAUAUUCCAGCGAUUUGUAUUUUUCUUUCGAAACUUCCUUUAGUUAAAUUAAAUGAAGGAGAUAAUUAA